AUCUACUUAAAUGAAUUUUUUACAAUAAUUUCAAAUACAGCUCCUUGAGAGCAAGUCUCUCGACUCGUACUACAACACUCUUAAGAUCACUACAAAUAUUCGCGCAAGCUGUCAAGGUCAAACAAUUUCUUUUUCAAGGGAGCUUCAGAACCAUGCCAAAUACCAGACGUCAAGAAGCUGCAGAAGCGAAGAGUGGUGUUUCAAAGUCGACGCGAUCGGGAUCCGCACUAGCAGAUGAUGCCUCAUCGGCAGACUUGCUUAAUAAAAUACAUCGACCGCCGCCAAAAGUAGAUAUGAAAGUCGCAAGAAAACAUGCUCCAUCCGCUAGGCAGGCUCGACAACCUGUACAGGUAGCACCGGAAUCAGACGAGGAUAUUGAAGAUGCACUGAACAAGCAAUUAAAUGAGAAUAAUGAGGAUCCAUCCGGGUUGGAGCCGGAGGAUAUGACAAAAGAACUUGAAAAUGCUCAGCCAGCAUCACCAGCUGAGAAAAAAAAGAGGGGCCGUCCCAGGAAAGAACAAAUAACAAAGGAAAAAGAAAAGGGAGACGCGCAAGACGUAUCACAACUUCAAAGUGCUUCUCCGCAAAAGCGCAAACGAGAUGAUCCAAGCAUCUAUGACUUCGUUGCCGAGGAAGAUAAUCAAGAUGUUCGACCCGCGCCUUCCAAGCGAGCAAGUAAAAGUUUAUCGGUGAAGGGUACCCCGAAAACCAAGCAGUAUAGUGUGAAGCCCAAAAAAGUUCGGAAUCAGCCUGACACGAGCGCUGUUGAUGAGUCUGGAGACUUCGAUGAGGAUUUGCCUGACGUGGCAGAUAUUGGGAAUGGUAACUCCACAGUUGACCAAGAACCUGGACAACCUGACGUAGGUGCCCCCUCCAACGACAGACGUGCAAGCGUUCGGAAAACGAGAGACGACGGAGAGCAUGUAGAGGAUGGAGAAGAUGAAGGCGACGAAGACGAUGGAGGCGAUGGAAUAACAGAAAUAGCUAUGCCUCUAACCCCGGCAAAACCGCAAGGUCAAAUUUCGCGAGAACAGCAUAAACAAAGCGCAAAUGAUGCGAGGACAAUAAGCAGCAACCAUGCAAAUGUUUUCCAUAACAAGAAGAUUCAGCCUUCGCGCAAAGUGGGAGUCAGAGAAGGGCAACCCGGAGAAGUCGCCGAUAAUGUUGGACAAAGACCUAAUGUAGCAACCGCCGCCAAUGUUCCAGAACAACGUGAAGCGGCUGGAGAAGAACUUGAUGACGAAUCUGAUGAUGAGGAAGAAAAUUAUCAAGAAAUUUCCCAACAACUUGUCGCCUGGACUGGAAUCGUCACCCGUACUUUUUUUCCGGAUAUUGAAAAAAUUUCAAAACGGUUCGGUUGUAGAGAAACUAGGGGUACGUGGAUACCAGUAGUUCUAGAGAAGCGUGGCCUUGUAACAAUAUCUGGAAAGAAUACGGAGCGGUAUUUGAAAAUGCUCCAACAACUCUAUCAAACCCUUAAACUAGCAAUAAAUGAGGAGAACGAUGCCAAGCAGAUCGAAGUCAAUUCGCAUAUCGAGCAAACGAUUGAUCGUUUGAAUAACAGGGUAGACGAUAAGCUACAGCCCUUGGCGGAAGAUGCUCCCGAACCUGUUAGAAGGAAGAGACGUAGAUAUUUGGAGGACAUAUACAUUGUUCUUAUUCGAGAAUUCUUGAAAGUCUUGAGAACCGCAAUGCUUACAUAUGGAAACCUUCAGGUGUUGUCAAUCGAGGCUUUAUUAAUUGUGAAUCGGAUCACCAGUGUAAUCCUCAAAGUUUUCAAUUAUCUCGAAAACCAGGAGAAGGAUUUACAGCCUACGAACUGCGGCCAGACGAGGCAACCAUUGAAGGAACUUCGCACUCAUUUGCGAGAUGUGUUGCAGCGAAGGUGUCAAAUGAAGAUUGCUGAGCUCCGUAGAGAGGAGGAAAUUGAGAAACAUCUUGCAUUGACCCAGGAAAUUAGACGUGUGCGGGAAGAGGAAGAGGCCAGGUUGGAAAAUGAGAGAUUGGAGCAAGAGCGAAAGAUAAGAGAAUUCAACUCAUCCCAACAGAAAACCAUAAUGGCCAGCCCAAAGAAAGCUAGUCUGAUCGAACUUGAAAUGGAGAAAAUUGCGUACCGAAAACUCCCACAAGCUGAAAGAAUCAGACUCGAGCUGGAAGCAGAAAAUAAGAAGAGAUCGAGAAGGCUGGUGCAACAAAUACCACAAGUAGAACGAGAACGUUCCGCUGCGUCGUCACAUAGAAGUCAAAGCAAUAACGAUGACCGGAAUGAUCCAUUCUCGGACAACUACGAUCCUUCACGAGGUCCCAACAGAAAUCCCGUCUCUGCUCAAUCUCGAAGAGAAGCCAAAUUUGGCGAUAUUCCCGAUAAUGAAAAACAGAGAUUCUAUGACCAUUUCAAAGAGAAGUAUAGAUACGAGGAAGAGCAAGGCUUAAAAGAUGAAGAAUUUUGGGGUCGUCUACAGAAAGAUUUACAUGGUGGUAGGUAUACUCUAGAUGAAAUCUGGGGCUUUGCAAGGGAAUUGCAGGCAAGUCUAGAUUCUGCGCAUGAUGAAGGGGAGUUUGAUGGGGAGGAACAUUUCUGGACAUUUUAUGUUUGGGAUUGGGACAUGGAAUCGUAGAGGAAAGUUUGGGGGUAAGGGAAAAAUGGAAAGGAAGCUAAUGACGGUGUAAUCUAAAACGAUUCUUUGAAUUCGUUUGUGU